CUUCUUGCAAAGCUAACUUGUGGAAAGCGAACUCUUUGAGUUUUAAACCGCUUGAGACAAACUACUGGAAAACGGAUCUUGUUGAAAAAACAAAUCUACUGAAUCACUCAACUGUUGUGGGAAACCGGAGAGCUUGAACAUGGCCCUCUGUCGUCUACCUGAGGAGCACCUGCUGAUGGGAGUCGCCCAGUUGGACAUCCGUGGAGGUGGUGUAAACCCCUUCAUUGAGCGUCCUGCAGAACAUGGCCUCCCUGAAGAUGAAGGUGAGUAUGAGGAAGGUGAGUAUGAGAUUGUUGUUGUAGAUGAAGUUGAGCUCUUUCUCCCCCUCUCCUCGGGCGAAGAAGAUGACAAUCAACUGGUGGACACCGAACAGGAUGAGGAUGAAGACACAGGUGAUGAGAACGACUGGUCUGACAGUGUCAGCGAAGAUUCCGGGUAUGACUCCCUGUCUGAAGAUGAAGAGGAUGAAGAGGUCGUUGAAGAGGAUGUUGAAGAGGAUGUUGAAGAGGAUGUUGAAGAGGAUGUUGAAGAGGAUGUUAAAGACGAUGUUGAAAAGGAUGUUAAAGACGAUGACGAUGGCAACAUCCGAACUUGCUCCCCUCUCAUCCAGCAGUUCCUACCUCCAAGCUUUUGGCAGGGAUGGGAACAAGUGUCUAUCCCUGUUCCCUCUGGCGCUUUUCUCUGGCCCCGCACUUUUGAUGUUCAGCAUCAGGAGAUUCCUGCGCAGCAAGUGGAACGUACUGAAGACGGUCUACCCUCAGCCUCUCAAAGGUCAGAAGAGUCUGCUCCUUCAACCUCAGGCCUCGGCUCCUCCACGAAGAGGAGCAGGGAAGAGAGCGACACGGUGCAGGUAAGUAUGAAGAGGCAGAAGUGGAAUUGUGAGGACCGCCAUGACGAGUCAGCGCCCUCGAAUUCAGGCCUCGGCUCCUCCACGAAGAGGAGCAGGGAAGAGAGCGACACAGGGGAGGUAAGUAUGAAGAGGCAGAAGUGGAAUUGUGAGGACAGCCAUGACGAGUCAGCGCCCUCGACUUCAGGCUUCGGCUCCUCCACGAAGAGGAGCAGGGAAGAGAGCAACACAGAGGAGAUAAGUAUGAAGAGGCAGAAGUGGAAUUGUGAGGAUAGCCAUGACGAGUCAGCGCCCUCGACUUCAGGCCUCGGCUCCUCCAGGAGCAGGGAAGACUACUGGUACUCAGCACCCUCAACUUCAGGCCUCGGUUCCUCCAGGAGCAGGGAAGACUACUGGUACUCAGCACCCUCAACUUCAGGCCUCGGUUCCUCCAGGAGCAGGGAAGACUACUGGUACUCAGCACCCUCAACUUCAGGGCUCGGCUCCUCCAGGAGCAGGGAAGACAGCUAUUGGCACUCAGCACCCUCGACUUCAGGCCUCGGCUCCUCCAGGAGAAGGGAAGACUACUGGUACUCAGCACCCUCAACUUCAGGCCUCGGCUCCUCCAGGAGAAGGGAAGACUACUGGUACUCAGCACCCUCGACUUCAGGCCUCGGCUCCUCCAGGAGCAGGGAAGACAGCUACAGGGAGUCAGCACCCUCGACUUCAGGCCUCGGCUCCUCCCAAUUCAGGAAAUACAGGAUAAGCCCUUUUGAUUACCUGAGAGGAACUGAAGACAGCGACUCUGAUUAGGACAGAGUUUGGGACUGUUUGCUGCAGGAUUGGAAAACCUUUGCGUCUGGCAGGGCAGAUAAAUCCUCAGCUAGCAUUUGCGUCUGGCAAUGCUAACACAGCCUAUGGUAGCGUCUUGCACCAGGGCCAUUUGUACAUAUCUGGAU